AUGGCCGCCACGGCAGACCCCGAAACCAUCAACGUCCCCUUCCCCAGCGAGCGCCUCGCCUCCACGGCCCUCAGGACCCUCCAGGUCGACAAGGAGCUCUCCCCGCUCGUGCGCCGGCACCUCUCCGUCAUCACCCCUUCCGACGACAGCGGCGAAGGCCGGCUACUCAAGACGGAGUACGAAGCAGCCACGAACCGCAUGCUCCGCGUCGCCGUCAACUCGUUCAUGGAGAGCCUCAAGCUCGUGCUUGAGGUCAUGGAGCACCUCGACGUCGAUGUCCUAGAGCAGCAGAAGCUGCAAAAGCCGCCCAGUUGA